CGUACCCAAGUGCCCCUGCUUCUCCGAUCCACAACCGCCAUUGUCUGGUCGUGCCAGGUAAUGGCCGCUGCCUCCGUCAUGGCUGAACCUUCCUCCGAGACGACCCCUGAGGAGCAGCUGAUCACCCAGGAGCCCAAAGAGGCCCACUCCACGACGGCCCAGAAGCAGAGCAAGCAGAGGAAGCGAGGGCGACGUGGGCCCCGCAGGUGCCACGCCAGCUGCUGCGGGGACAGCUUCACCACCUAUUUCCGCCGGGUGCUGAAGCAGGUUCACCAGGGUCUCAGCCUUUCCCGGGAGGCCGUGAGUGUCAUGGACUCUUUGGUCCAUGACAUAUUGGACCGCAUCGCCACCGAGGCUAGUCACCUGGCCCGCUCCAGCAAGCGCCAGACCAUCACCACCUGGGAGACCCGGAUCGCUGGCUUGCUGCUGCCGGGGGAGAUGGGCAAGCUGGCAGAGUCCGAAGGCACGAAGGCUGUCCUCAGAACUUCACUAUAUGCCAUACAGCAACAGAGAAAGUGA